UCUUGUAGACACUGUGUAUUGCUUCUUGAUAAUUUGCGUAAAUCUUUAAUUUUUUCAAAAAAGUUUAAAAAAUGUUUGUGUAUAGUAGUAUGAUGCUCUGGAAUUUCGCCGCCAAAGAAUUCUCGACAAAUGUUUUGCUUGUGUUCCUCACGGUUUUGUUAUUAGUUCGCGCCCUUCAGAUGUUGAGGGAAGCUCUAUCUCUGCCUCCGGGACCUUGGGGACUGCCUAUCCUGGGGUCUCUUCCUUUUUUAAAAGGGGAUCUACACCUGCACUACAGAGAUCUUACUCAGAAAUAUGGGUCGCUGAUUUCGACGAGACUUGGGUCUCAGUUAAUAGUGGUUCUGAGUGAUUACAAAAUGAUUCGGGAUGCGUUCAGGAAAGAUGACUUUACUGGACGACCUCAUAAUGAAUUUACCAAUAUUUUAGGAGGCUAUGGUGUAAUAAACAUAGCAGGCAAGCUCUGGAAAGACCAACGCAGAUUCCUUCACGAUGGUCUUCGCCAUUUUGGCAUGUCCUAUCUAUCUUCGAGGAAAACUCAGAUGGAAAACCGCAUCAUGUCGGAAGUUGAAGAUUUCCUUUUCGUUCUCAAAGAUCGCGAAGGACAAUCUGUGGAUCUGAAUCCAGUCUUUGCCGUCUCGAUUUCCAAUGUUAUCUGUGAUGUUUUAAUGUCAGUGAGAUUCUCUCAUAACGAUGGUAGAUUCAUUAGAUUUAUGAACCUGAUUGACGAAGGAUUCCGACUGUUUGGUUCUUUGGAGGCAGCUAUUUUUAUACCAAUUCUCAGAUACUUGCCCGGAUAUACGCGCACCAGACAAAAAAUUGCCAGGAACCGUGAAGAAAUGGCACGUUUUUUGCAAGAAACUAUUGACGACCACAGAAAAACCUUCGAUCCUAGUCAUAUGAGGGACCUUCUUGACACUUAUCUUUACGAAAUCCAAAAAGCUGAUGAAGAGGGUACUGGCCAUCAUUUGUUCGAAGGAAAAGAUCAUGACCGUCAAAUGCAGCAGAUCAUGGGUGACUUGUUUUCCGCUGGCAUGGAAACCAUCAAAAGUUCACUCCAAUGGGCUGUGCUAUUCAUGUUACACAACCCCGACAAAAUGUUGGCGGUUCAAGAAGAAUUAGAUCAAGUGAUUGGUCGCCAGAGGUUGCCGAAGUUGGAAGACCUGACAUAUUUGCCUGUCACUGAAUCCACCAUUUACGAAGUCCUGAGGAUUUCCAGUAUUGUUCCUAUGGGUACCACGCAUGCUCCAGUCAGAGACACCAAACUUAACGGUUUCCAUCUACCACCACAUGCACAAAUCGUACCUCUUCUCCACGCCGUCCAUAUGGAUCCUUCACUAUGGGAAGAGCCAGAAAAAUUCAACCCUUCCAGAUUCAUAAACUCCGAAGGCAAGGUCCACAAGCCAGAAUUCUUCCUUCCCUUCGGUGUUGGUAGAAGGAUGUGCCUGGGCGAAAUCCUGGCGAGAAUGGAACUCUUCCUGUUCUUUUCCUCGCUUCUACACAGCUUCGAUAUUUCCGUACCAGAAGGAGAAACGUUACCAAGUCUGAAAGGUAUUGCGGGCGUAACCAUCAGCCCCAAUGCCUUCAAAGUUACGCUCACACCAAGGCCGAUGGCUUGGGACAGCGAAGAACCUAACAUUAGGCCCGCUGGUAGCCAUUAGGCAACUGAAGCAGCUGCUAAAUGACAAAAGUACAAAAUCGUGUUUGGGUUUUACCAAGCAUCUACGAGAUGUCCAAGUCGUUCUCAGAGCACGGUGUUAAAUUGUUUCCUAGAUAAUUCCGAAGAGACGGAGUGUUAUAAGUACAAGAUUUUCCUUGUUUUGUGUUUUGAGCAGAGCGAUUGGGCGCGGUACUUACUAAAGAUACCACGACAAACAACGUUUAGCUCAGUUUUAACUAAUUCGUUUAAAGUAUUGAUACUUAACCUCAAAAAAAUCUCCAUGAAAAACUACAAAUUUUUUAGUACGAAAAAUAUUGUUGAAGCCACUUUUUUUAACUUUAUUUUUGCCUUUUCUAACGUUUCCUUCUUCAGCUAAUUCAUUUUUACUUUAGUUGCUCUCUUAAAUACAGUUCAAUAUCGCAAAUAAAAGUUAGCUUAUCCUCUUGACAUUAUUGCUUCUUUGGUGGUUCAAACACAUCUUGCUUUAAAAAUUGCACCAUAAACUGUUUUUGGCUCUUAUAUUAUACUGCUGAUUUACUUUUCAGUAUAGUAACCUUAAAUGAUUUCCCCUUCUGUUUGUUAUAAAUGUUCUUCGCAUUUGAAUCUUUUUUAUUUUCAAAGACUUUAUUUUCAAAGAACAUUUAUAUAUAAACUCUUGCUAUCCUAGAAAAUAAUCAUCCUAGAAUUCUGGAAUCUUCUACCAGCACAUACAGGUCUAAUUGAUGGGUGUCAUAAGUUUCUGAUGUCAUUUUUUAGGCUUCAAAAAGACACCUAGAGAUCAUGACCAAGGCUAAGGAAGACCUCCACCACAGAAAGUUCUCACAGAAAGAAAAUAAUGUCAAAAUGAUAUCCCUAUAUCUUCAGGGUUGACUAACAAGAUUCUUCUUGAAGACAAAACAACUCAUCACAUAUACCAGAGAAUAUUCUGCUUCAUAGCUGAGAAUAUAUAUAGCUUCAUAUAUUUUCUCGGCUUUUUCCCUCUAACAAUAUUUGCUCUGACCUAUACAUAACUAUGUUGUUAACAUUUUUUUUGUCCUCUAUUUUUCAAGAGUAUAUACAAAGCGUAUGUCUUUCAGGUGUUUUAUUUGUUUAAUUUCUAUGAAUCCAGAUAAAAUUACAUAACGUUCCCUAAAUUCUUCUUCUUUUUUCUUGACUUUAUAUCUCUAAGUGAGAAAGUGGAUCGAACUGUGUUAGACUCCUUUUGAUUUGAAACUCAUCUGAUGUACUGCUGUUAAUUCUGAUACAUUUCUUUUGAUUUGAAACUUAUCUGAUGUACUGCUCCCAAUUCUGAUACACUUUUUAUGCCAUUUUGCAACCUCCAAAAGAACCUAGUGUCCUAUUUUUAACUGACUUAACAGUAUGAACUAUCCAAAAUAUCCUAUAUUCCUCGUUACACGUCACUAAAGGCAUGCGUUUAUUUACCAACCAGUUGGUGCUUUCUGAUUCAGUUCAGUCUUCUUACGAGCCUCUCUGAUGACGGGUAGACCUAGAAACACGUGCCAGAGGAUGGUAAGAGACUCGAAUUGAAUCGAAACGCAACAGUCUGUUUAUUUUAUUCAAAAUCUCUUAGAGAAAGGUGGCUAAAAUAUGUGACAAAAUUAAAGGAGCAUUACAAUCUUUGUAAUUCUCUUUAGUACCGCUAUACGCGAAACUGCGUUAAUUCUCAUUUCUGUUAUAAGAACUAUUUUAUUUCACAUAUUGACUAGUAUAAGAAAACACCAACAAAGUUUUGAGAUUUUUGAGGUUAUUUUAUCAAUAUAUGGGUACGUCAUUCCUAACCAUAAAAUCGUCUGUGGUGAUAAAAAUGUGACGUUUCUUUGUCGUGGUAUCUUCUCGUAAAUAUAACUCGAUUAAUAAAACAGAAUAAGAAUGAUAGAUCUCCGAUUAGGAUCGGCUGUGCAAAAGUGUUCAAUUAUCACAUAGUAUUAAGUAUAUAAACUAGUCAGGCAUAUCAUCUCAUUGUAAUAUUCCGAUAUCGGUGCAUAGUUACUUCAUUGUUUACCAUUAUGCGACCAUUUUUAUUUUUUAUUAUGUUUUUGUGGUUGUUAACCAGAAUAAUUCGACUGGAACUUACAUAGAACAUGUUACCUGUGUUGUGCUUGAUGCUAUUUUGUGGCAAUAUAUUAAAUUUCUGAUGUAACUUUAAAAAUAUCUGCGUGAUGCACAACAAACUAAUAAUAUAUUCGUGGUUCUGUUAUAUUUCUAACUGAAACCAUAAUGACGUUUCUGUUUACGUAAUUAUUUUUAGGUUAGUUUUGGUUAAAUAACUGAAUUGAUGUCGUUAAAACUUGUAUUUAUUUUUGAGAGAGUUUUGUUUAACCUAAAAUUUCUUGCAAUUUCUUUUCAAUAUUUCCAACAAUAUAUUAUUUGUUUUUGCGUCUUAACUGAAACCAGAAUGAUAUUUACUGAUUAAGUAAAUAUUUUAAGGUUAGUUUUGAUUAUUUAUGUCUUUCAAAAGUCAAAUGUCUUUCAAAUGUCGAGUCUUUCAAAUGUCAAAAGGCUUUCAAAAUGCAGACAUUCUUAACAAUACCUUAAGGUGUUCUUUAUAAUUUAAUCCUUUUGUAUUCAAAGCAGUAGUGAUAUUAGAUUAAUAUUGCCAACUCAUGUAUUUUUAAUAAGAAAAUGACUUUCUUUCUUAUUUUAUAAAUAUUUCUGCAUACCAGUGAAUUUUAUUUUCAAAAUUCCGGGAUUUGUAUUACCUUGUUCAAUUGUGGAUGUUGAUUUUUCAACUUAUUAGUUAUUAAGACGUUUUAUAAAUACUAGUGUUCAUGCUUACGCACACUUUGAAGACUUAUGUUAAGUAUAAUUUGUUAUUUAAUAAUUUUAACGAAUUUAAUUUAAAUACAUUUUUUUAGUUUAA